AUGAAUAAUUUAUAUUUAUCACCAUCACUUCAUCAUAUACAUCAUCGAAAACAACCUUAUUUAUAUAAACAAAAAGCAUUAAAUCAAAAUCGAUCUUUAUCACCAAUACAUAUACAUCAACAAAUUUCAACCAAAAGUAUAUAUUCAUCAUCCUAUACAUCAUUAAAUUCUUAUUUAAAAGAAUUUAAUUUAACAAAUAAAGAUCUCUUUGAAUUACGACAAGCACUUAAAACAAUAUUUCAUUAUAUACAACCUAAAAUCAUAUGUAAUCAUAAACAAUUACUUAAACAACGUUUAACAAGUCCAUAUUUACAACAACAAUUAAAUUCUGAUGACCAAUCAUCAUUACCACUUUAUACAAAUGAAUAUUUUAUUCGUAAUGGUUUAUUAAAUCAUAAUGAUGGUCCAAAUAUUCAUGAUAAUCAUUGUCAAUCAAUAAAUUUAUGUUAUUCAAAUCAUUCGAAACCUAGAAUUCAUUUACAAACUUGUCCAUCAUCAUGUUAUUCAUCACCAUCAUUAACAUCAAAUUCAAUGAUGUUAACAUCUUCUGUGAAUAUUUCGUUACCAUUAGAAUUACUUUCUAAUCAAAAAUAUUUAUUUACAGCACUAACAAGUAAUUUUACCUUAGAAAAACAUAAUAAUAAUGAAACAAAAUCAACGAUAAUACGACGAAAUAAAGUGCAAGCAUGGGAAAGAGAAAAUAGUUUACAACAAAAAACAUCAUUAACAUAUUCUUCAACACAGCAGAAUGAUCAAUUUGAGACAUCUGAAUAUCAUCGCAGUUCAUUUAUUCAAGCGAAUCGCCUGAAUAACGUUGAAAGUUUACCACCUAUUCAAACAUCAGCAAUAACUGAAGAUGAUAUGACAAUGAAAACUACGAACGAAUCUAUUAUUAUGAAGAAUACUUCAUUAGAAAUAUCUAAUAAAGAAAAAGAGAAUUUAUUGGAUAACAAGAAUUUUGAUGAUUUAUUUCCUAUGGUCAAAAUACUUGCUCCAUAUAUUAUUAUUCGUGGUUCUUUCUAUCGAAAUUCAAAUAAUAAUCGUUUAAAUGACAUAUUCUCAAUAAAUAUUGAUAAUCAAAAUAAGAAAAAAUCUAUACAAGAUGUUAAUCAACUAAUAAAAGUAUCAGAAAAACGAUCUUUAAAUGAUAUAUUAGAACCGACAUUGAUAACAGUCAAACGUCAGUCGUUAUUGUUGUGA